ACUCGCGCGCGGCGGCGCCCGCCGGGCCCUUCCCGAGGGCCAGCGCUCGCCGCAUGCGGGCGCCCGGGCCACCGCGGCCCGCGCCGCGCCGCGCCUGAGCCCCUCCGUUCACCGUCUGCGAGCGGCCGGCGGCAUGAUCCGACGGGCCGGGGCGCCCCGCGCGAGAGGACCCCGCGGGUCCUGUUCCAGAUGUCGACAAAGGAGCGGAGGAGGGAGAGGAGGAAGACGGCAUGGGGCCUUGUCCGCCAGUCACCCAGAAGAACUGCCUUCAUCCCCGGGGCAUCAGCGUGCUGGAGAAGCUUGUCAAAACGUGCCCAGUGUGGCUGCAGCUGGGACUGGGCCGGGCGGAGGCGGCCAGGAUCCUGCACCAGGAGGCAGCCGGGGCAUUCCUGGUCCGCCGGGACAGCAGCUCGAAGCCCCUGGUGCUCUGUGUCCAUUUCCCUUCGCUGAACGAGGGCUCGUCCGAGGUGCUCGAAUACACCAUCAAAGAAGAAAAAUCGAUACUGUACCUGGAAGGCUCCGUUCUUGUGUUUGAGGACAUCUUCAGACUGAUCGCGUUCUACUGUGUCAGUAGAGACUUACUGCCCUUCACGCUAAGGCUGCCACAGGCCAUCCUGGAGGCCAGCAGCCUCUCAGACCUCAAGACCAUCUCCAACCUGGGCCUGGGCUUCUGGGACUCCUCGCUGAACCCCCGGAGAGCUGGUGGGAGCCCGGCGGAACCCCCGAGGGACUCAGCCCCCAGGGCGGCCCCGGCCUCCAGCCGCAGGCCCGCUUCCCACGACGAAAACUGCUCGUGUGAAAUCGAACUCUCCCUAGGAAGCGACCGCCUGUGGUUCGUGAACCCGAUCUUCAUCGAGGACUGCGGCAGCGUCUCGCCUGCCGGCCUGCUGCCCCUUAGAAGCUGCCCCUCUGGCCCGUUGCCUCCCACCUCGGACUCUACCUCACCCACCUCCAGGUGGGCCCCUCGCCGCCCAGCACCCCCGCCCCCGGUGUCCUUCCUCCAUCCCCUCAGUCCCACCCGACUUCCUCCACCCCCCGUCCCACCUCCGGCUUGCCCUUUGCCCGGUUCUGCCCCUGUGGCUUCUCCCCAACCUCCAGAGGCCCCUCCCGCCGCGUCGCCAGCAUCUGCCCCCCGCCUGGCCCCCCAUGUCCUUGGCCCCCUAGACCAUCCAAACCAGCUCCCCAUGACAGCCUGUGAGAGGCUGCCCUGCCCCCCCGCAGGCCUGGGCCCUCUCAGGGAGGAGAAGGUCAAGCCGGGGACAGCCCUCAGCCCCCCGCAGCAGGCCCCCGCCCCUCCCAGGCCGGCGAAGAAGGGCACCCCUGCCGCUCCUCCCAGACGCCGAGUGUCCGAGAAGGGCUCCCCGGAGGACCAGGGUGAGGGGAAGGCGGACAGGGGCGCGAUGGCGCAGAGGGACCAGCCAGGUCUUUCCAGGGCACCCCCGCCCUGCCUGCCUCUGCAGGGGACCUCGGACAGCCCUGAGGGCAGGCCCCCGAGGACCGCUGAGCCAGGCCAGGAAGCAGUGCCCAAAGCCGGCGAUCUGGUUAGCGUGCCAGAGUUGUCCAGGAAGAUGCGGCAACCCCCAGUGCCGCCUCCCAGGAAGAAACGGGUCUCCCGGCAGCUGGCCUCCAUCCUCCCAAGCCCCUUGGAGAGCGCUGAGCUCUCCAUGGAGGAGGGCACCCCUGAGAAACCCCCCCCGGGCCCACCCCAGGGACGCCAAAGCCCUGCCUCCCAAGCCAGGACUCAGAGCCCGAGCACCCAGGCCAGCGCCCGACCCCAGAGCACUCCAGAGUUCAAAGGCUCCCUGGCCUCCCUUUCGGACAGCGUGGGAGUGCCCGCCUCGGCCACAGACCAGGACUCCUACUCGACCAGCAGCACGGAGGAGGAGCUGGAGCAGUUCAACAGCCCCAGCGUGAAGAAGAAGCCCUCCAUGAUCCUGGGCAAGGCGCGGCACCGCCUGAGCCUCGCGAGCUUCACCAGCGUCUUCCACGCCUUCCUCUCCAACGACCGCAAGCUGUACAAGAAGGUGGUGGAGCUGGCCCAGGACAAAGCCUCGUACUUCGGCAGCCUGGUGCAGGACUACAAGGUGUACAGCCUGGAGAUGAUGGCGCGCCAGGCCUGCAGCACGGAGAUGCUGCAGGAGAUCCGCACCAUGAUGACCCAGCUCAAGAGCUACCUGCUGCAGAGCACCGAGCUCAAGGCGCUGGUGGACCCCGCCCUGCACUCCCAGGAGGAGCUGGAAGCGAUUGUGGAGUCCUCCUUGUACAAGUGCGUGCUGAAGCCCCUGAAGGAAGCCAUCGACUUGCGCCUCCGGGAGAUCCACAGCAAGGACGGCUCGCUGCAGCAGCUCAAGGAGAACCAGCUGGUGGUCCUGGCCACCACCACCACCGACCUGGGCGUGACCACCAGCGUGCCGGAGGUGCCCGUCAUGGAGAAGAUCCUGCAGAAGUUCGCCAGCAUGCACAAGGCCUACUCGCCCGAGAAGAAGAUCUCCAUUCUGCUCAAGACCUGCAAGCUCAUCUAUGACUCCAUGGCCCUCGGCAACCCAGGAAAGCCCUACGGAGCAGACGACUUCCUGCCGGUGCUCAUGUACGUGCUGGCGCGCAGCCACCUCACGGAGAUGCUCCUGGAUGUGGAGUACAUGAUGGAGCUCAUGGACCCCGCCCUGCAGCUGGGGGAGGGUUCUUACUACCUGACCACCACCUACGGGGCCCUGGAGCACAUCAAGAACUACGACAAGAUAACGGUGACGCGGCAGCUGAGCAUGGAGGUGCAGGACUCCAUCCACCGCUGGGAGCGCCGGCGCACGCUCAACAAGGCCCGGGCCUCCCGCUCCUCCGUGCAGGACUUCAUCUGCGUGUCGUACCUGGAGCCCGAGCACCAGUCGCGGACCCUGGCGUCGCGGGCGGACACGCUGACCACCGCGCUGUGCGCCCAGUGCGCGGAGAAGUUCGAGGUGGCGCAGCCCCAGGACCACAGGCUCUUCGUGCUGGUGGACGGGCGCUGCUUCCAGCUGGCGGACGACGCUCUGCCGCACCACAUCAAGGGCUACCUGCUGCGGAGCGAGCCCAAGCGCGACUUCCACUUCGUGUACCGGCCCCUGGACGGCGGGGGCAGCGGGGGCAGCGGGGACCCGCCCUGCCUCGUGGUGCAGGAGCCCAACUUCCUGUGAGGCCCGGGCCACCGCGGCCCCCCCCACGGCAGUGUUUACGGAGACUGGCGGGGUGGAGAGGCGGGCAAACGGGACUCACGCUUGCUCACCCCCUCGCUCACACUCAGCUGCACCCCUCGUGCAGGCAGGAGCCCGGCACCUGACCACACACACUCUCAACAUGGAUGCCCACGUGUCAUAUGUGCCUGCAACCCUCUGGACGUGCCGAGGCCACCGUGCGCGUCCUGAUGGAGGGCCACCGCACUGGGCGGCCAGGUUACCUGUCAGAAAGGGAAGCUGGGGCUCAGAGAGAGAAGGGACUCUCCGGCCAGCUGCAGCACGAAGAGCUCCAGCUGGCCCUGGGUCACACCCCACCUCUGCCCUGCCCACCAUGGCCGCCCAACCCGGAGGAUUUCCCCUGCGCCCCCAGGAUGGCGCUGGGCGGUUUCGAAUGUCCCUGGGGUCUCAGGAGUCUCUCUCAGGGUGUGCGUGAAGGGACAGCGCCCCGUCCCAGAGCCUGCCCUCGGCCACCAGCACCGUCCCUCCUGCAGCUUCUGAGCGCCUCCAGAUGCAGGGAGACACGCACCAGGACUGUCAACGGGGGCAGCCCCGUGGCUGCACGGGCGAGCCCAGCCUCGGCUGCCCAGGAACGGGACACUGACAGGGCCCUUCCCCCGGCGGACACCCCAGGGCUGUGGUGAGAGGCACUGUGUGCGGAGAAUUUAAUAAAAGUCUUUUCAAACUGGU